AUGGACGCCUUUCCCAUGGAAGGCAAUGCCAAGCACUUGUAUUCCUUCUGGGACUUGCAUCGCAUGCUGGCGGAGUGGUACGUGGCAGAUGUGCAGCGCGGCACCAGCGUCUCCGUGCCCGGAAUUCCUUUCCAGGCUCGAAAACGGAGCAGCAUCUGCAACAUCCAGCCAAUGGACGAACCCGUGGACCCAUCCCGGCUUCAUGCUGGCUCAGGCCAGAACGAUCGGAGGUCGAGCAGAAGGCUAAGCAUCUGCGUUGUUGCCUCCCCACAUUCCCAGCCAGACGAGCCCACGGCUCUACCCAUACCACGCGCGCCCGACCCACCAGAUGGAGACCUGACCAGUCUAAACGGGACGAAAGCACUUCUGCAAUCGUUGUUGAGCCUGCAUCGUUCAGAGGCCGAUGAGGGGGAUGCCGAUUCGGACAUUAGCAUUUCGGACAUCCAGCUGAAAACCCACGCCUGCUGGCAUGACAACGCGUACGUCAAGACCGCUCAAAAGAACAAGAAGAGCACCAUGAACCAGACGUGGGCUGCGAAUUCUCACAGCCCCAUGGGUGGAUCCACGCAGCGUCGGUGCGUGAUGCACCCGAACAGCACGUUUCGAUCUUUUUGGAACUUGCUCGUGGCUGCCUUUGUAAUGUAUGAUCUGCUUGUUAUCCCCUUGCUUGUCUUCACUCUUCCCAGCUGGCUAUCAAGAUAUCCGGUGUCUCUCCUUGUUCGCAUCUUUUGGAGUUUGGAUUUCAUCCUCACCUUCAUCACCGGCUACUACCGGAAGGGCUUCCUCAUCAUGGAGCCUUGCAAAGUGGUCCGCCACUACGCCCAGACCUGGAUGCUUUUUGACUUGUCCUUGAUCUUCAUCGACUGGAUUGUCGACAUCUUGGAUCAACUUGCUGCAGAAAGCACAUCCGAGUUAAGUCGCUCGAGCCGCAUGCUUCGGCUCCUUCGACUGGUGCGGGUCAUGCGGGCAAUGAAGUUGCGACAGGGCUUCAUGGCAAUACAGGACCUCAUCCACUCUCAGACAGCCAGCUUGUACCUGAACUUCAUGGUCAGCCUGGGCCAGCUACUGAUGUUGAUCCAUUGGGUGGCUUGCGGUUGGUUUGGGGUGACCUGGCUGCAUACAGAGAACUGGGUGGCCUCCACAGGCAUGAGCGAGAGGGAUUCCGGAUUCCAGUAUUUGGCUUGCGUCUUGUGGUCCUUCUGCCAGCUGGGGGUGGGAGAGAGCCCCCUGCAACCGACGAACACGACGGAGAUGAUACUGAACAGCUUCAUUGCAUUCACCUCGCUGAUCACGGCUGCGAUGCUUAUCAGCACCAUGGGCAGUUUGAUUGCCGGUCUGCGGAUGAUCCAUGAGGACGAGGUGAGCCAGUUCCGUCUCCUACGCCGGUAUCUGCAGCAGUACAGCAUUCCGCAGGACUUGGGCCACAGGAUAACGCAGUUCUUGCAACACCAGUAUACGGAGCGGCAAUAUGCAAGGUCACUGCAUAUGCAGGUGCCUUUGCUCGACCUCCUUUCGCGCCCUAUGUUCGAAGAGCUGCAGUUCGAACGGCAUCGUCCGGCGCUGUGCAAGAUUGGGGCAAUCAAGGUCUUACUGAAGGAGGGCGACGCAUAUUGCCACUCUGUUCUUCACAGGAUGGCAAACGACAGCCUACAUCCAACUCUCGCGGCAAAAGGGGAUGCCAUUUUCGUGGCCGGCGACAUUGCCAACACGUCGUACCUGAAGAUGAGUGGCUGCCUGAACUACUACAAAGAUGAAACGGAGCAGCUGUUGGACGACUCGCAUUGGGUUUCCGAGAUCUGCCUGUGGGCACCCUGGGUGCACAUGGGGGAGCUCGUGGCGCACGCCACCUCGGAGGUUCUCUGCUUGGAUGCUCUGAAGUUCUGUACGACCUUGGCUGAGAGAUCAGACACUCAUGGUGCUGCCAGCCGUUAUGCACGACGAUUCGUCGAAGUGAUGCAAAUGCAGGGCAUUCUGAGUGACGUCUUCGUAGAUUGUCAGCAAGAAGUGGAAUCGACGGACGAGCAACUGCACUUCGACAUGGUGCUGCCUGCGGCUCUCAGGCGCCUCCUCAAGCAACAGCGUACCAGUGGGCAGGUGCAUCCUCUAAUGGAAUCUGACGUGAGUGCGAAAUGA